AUGAAACUCUCUCUCUCUCUCUCUCUCCUCUAUCUAUCCAUCUAUCUAUCUAUCUAUCUAUCUAUCUAUUUUAGUCUUUUCUAUCUAUUAUCUCUGUCUUUCCUAUCUAUCUAUCUAUCUAUCUAUCUAUCUAUCUAUCUGUCUUGGUCAUUUAUAUCUACCUAUCUGUCUCGGUUUUUAUCUAUCUAUCUAUCUAUCUAUCUAUCUAUCUAUCUAUCUAUCUAUCUAUCUCAGUCUUUUCUAUCUAUCUCAUUUUGUUCAUAUAUGUCUAUCUAUCUAUCUAUCUUUCUAUCUCAGUCUUUUCUUUCUUUCUAUCUAUCUCUGUCUCAUCUAUCUAUCUAUCUAUUUGGGACUUUUCUAUCUAUCUAUCUAUCUAUCUAUCUUGGUCAUUUAUCUCUACCUAUUUGUCUUGGUUUUUUUUCAAUCUAUCUAUCCAUCUAUCUAUGUAUCGAUCUAUCUCAGUCUUUUCUAUCUAUCUAUCUAUCUAUCUAUCUAUUUUGGACUUUUCUGUCUAUCUAUUUAUCUUCUAUCUAUCUAUCUAUCUCUCUAUCUAUCUAUCGAUCUAUCUAUCUAUCUAUCGAUCUAUCUAUCUCAGUCUUAUCUAUCUAUCUAUCUAUCUAUCUAUCUAUCUAUCUCAGUUUUUUCUUUCUAUCUAUCUAUCUAUCUAUUUUGGACUUUUCUGUCUUCUAUCUAUCUAUCUAUCUAUCUAUCUAUCUCAGUCUUAUCUAUCUAUCUAUCUAUCUAUCUAUCUAUCUAUCUCAGUUUUUUCUUUCUAUCUAUCUAUCUAUCUAUCUAUCUAUUUUGGACUUUUCUGUCUGUCUAUCUAUUUAUCUGUCUUGUCUAUCUAUUUAUCUAUCUCUCUAUCUAUCUAUCUAUCGAUCUAUCUAUCUCAGUCUUAUCUAUCUAUCUAUCUAUCUAUCUCAGUCUUUUCUUUCUAUCUAUCUAUCUAUCUAUCUAUCUAUCUAUUUUGGACUUUUCUGUCUAUUUAUCUGUCUUGUCUAUCACUCUAUCUAUCUAUCUCUCUAUCUAUCUAUCUAUCGAUCUAUCUAUCUCAGUCUUAUCUAUCUAUCUAUCUCAGUCUUUUCUUUCUAUCUAUCUAUUUUGGACUUUUCUGUCUGUCUAUCUAUUUAUCUGUCUUGGUGUUUUCUAUCUAUCUAUCUAUCUCUCCACAAUUUAGCUGACAUCCAGUUUGUAGCAGCAUAUAAAACAUAUUUUCUAUCUAUCUAUCUAUCUAUCUAUCUAUCUAUCUAUCUAUCUAUACAGACAGACAGACAGACAGAAUUCAAUUUGAUUCUGAUUAUAUCUAUCUAUCUAUCUAUCUAUCUAUCUAUCUAUCUAUGUCACUCUGUUUCUAGCUAUCUAUUUAUCUUUUGA